AUGUCCGUCUCAACUCAGGGAACAAUUCCCAUGCCAAAGGUCAUCAAGGCCGAGGAGUAUUGGAAUGAGGCUCAGAGAGAAGCCUUUCUCGCCUUCGCCGACGCCAUCAUCCCCGAACUCGAUGGUGCAGAGGCCGCAGAUGUACUUUCUCAUCUGCCUGCCGAAGCCACCGACCGUCAACGAGAGCUCGCUCCUCGUUUCGCAAAGGAAGGCUUCAGAUCAACGCCUCGUCUGCUCGACUGCGCCGCCCAGCAAAUCAAAGCAUCUUCCUCUUCCAAGGUCGCCGGCGACAUCAAUCGCUUCCUCACUCUGCUUUCCACUCGACCAGGAACCAUGGCUCUUUCUGGCUAUGUUGGUCCUUUUGCUCAGCUAGACCGUGCUACUCGCGAAAAGAUCAUCUUCGGCUGGUUCACUUCUCGCCUUACCCUCUUCCGCAAAGCAGCUUCUGGUCUUAAGGGUAUCGUCCUUCUUGUCUACUACCGCAACCACCAGCCCGCUUGGGAGGCUAUCGGAUACCCGGACGGCCGUCCAGACGACUGGACACGCCCAAUCCAGGGCGGCGAAGCUGCCCCCGCUGCGCCCGUCUACGACUACAAGUUCGAGAACGAAAAGAUUGCCGCCCAGCCAUCCGGUUCGGAGAUCAUCGUAGACACUGAAGUUCUCGUUAUCGGCUCCGGCUCUGGAGGUGGUGUCGCCGCCAGCUACUUGGCUCAGCGUGGCGUCCGCACCUUGGUUGUCGACAAGGGCAUCUACCUCCACCCCGACAAGGUCGUAGGACGUGAAGAUCAGAGCUACGGUCUUCUUUACGAGGGUGAGGGUAUCUUGCCUUCUGAAGAUGGCUCCAUCAGCAUUCUAGCCGGCUCCACCUUCGGUGGCGGUUCCUUGAUCAACUGGUCCGCCUCGCUUAAGCCCCGCCACUUUGUUCGCAAGACUUGGGCCGACAAGUAUGGCGUGCCUUACUACAACAGCCCCUACUUCACCUCUGACCUCAACGCCGUCUGCACUCGUAUGGGCGUCGCUGUAGCACCUAUCCGCCAUAACGUCGGCAACUCUCUUCUGGCCCUUGGAGCUCAGCGUGCUGGUCAUCCUGUCGAGCCUGUUCCGCAGAACAGCGGAGGUCACACUCACUACUGUGGCAAGUGCCAGCUCGGCUGUGUCUCAGGUCACAAGCAGGGUGGUGUUGUCUCAUGGCUCAAAGAUGCUGCUGAGGCUGGUGCUGCCUUCAUGACCAACUGCUAUGUUGAACGCAUCCUCUUUGACAGGAAUAAGCGCGCCGUUGGUGCUCUCGCUGUUGUCGACGGACGCAAGGUCAAGAUCCUUGCUGCUAAGGGUGUUGUCGUCUCGUCCGGUUCGAUCCAGACCCCCGCCUUGCUCCUUCGUUCGCCCGAGCUCAAGACCAACAAGAUGAUCGGCCAGACCCUCCGACUCCACCCUGCUACCGUCGUCACCGGCUACUACAACUUCCCUGUGAAGCCAUGGGAAGGUGGCUUGUUGACCAUAGUGGACAACUCUGCCGAGAUGGUUGACCCAGCUGGAUGGGGUUGCAAGAUCGAAGUCAUUGCCUCGUCCCCCUCGGUCCACGCCGCUUUCCAGAACUUCUCCAGCUCUAAGGAGCACAAGGCACGCAUGCUUCAGUACAGUCACAGCUACACGAUGGUCAUCAUCUGCCGUGACCGCGACAGUGGUCGAAUCGUUCUUGACGAGAAGGGACAGGCUCGUAUUGACUACACUAUCUCUUCGUUCGACCAGCGCACCUUGCUUCAGGGUAUCCUGCGUGGUGCUGAUGCCCACCUCAUGGCUGGUGCCGAGGCCAUUGCAACUGCACAGGCCACUGUUCCCAUCUUCUCUGCUAGCUCCCUCAACGCGCCUAAGCCCGCCAAGUCAAACGGACCUGCUCCUGCCUUGCCCGUGUCAGACAGCAUUUACACUGAGACCACCCAAGUCCCUGCUACCUGGACACCCGUCGAGACCGUUCCCCGUGACCUCAACGACCCUGCGUACAAGGAGUGGCAGAAGAAGGUCAUCGCUGUCGGUACCAAGCCCUACGUCAUCUCGAUCGGCUCAGCUCACCAGAUGGCAUCGUGCCGCAUGGGUCGCGAUCCCAACAUCUCUGCGCUCGAUCCUGAGGGACGUGUUUGGGGUGCCAAGAACUUGUGGGUUGCUGACGCUUCCGCCAUGUGCGAGUCAAGCGGUGUCAACCCGAUGAUCACCACUAUGGCCACCGCUCGUGGUGUUGCGCGUAACGUUGCUCGUGAUAUUGGCGCCAUCACUCCUCUUCAUUUGCAACAGUCGGCUGGUCACCAAGCACACCUGUAG